UCUGUGUAUGAUGACCAACCAAAUGCACAUCAGAGGUUUAUGGAAAAACUAGAUGCCUGCAUACGUAACCAUGACAGGGAGAUAGAAAAGAUGUGCAAUUUUCACCAUCAGGGCUUUGUGGAUGCCAUUACAGAACUUCUUAAAGUUAGGGCUGAUGCAGAAAAAUUAAAGGUCCAAGUUACUGAUACCAACCGAAGGCUUCAGGAUGCUGGGAAAGAGGUGAUAGCCCAAACAGAGGAAAUCAUCCGAUGUAGAGUUCAGCAACGGAAUAUUACGACAGUUGUGGAAAAACUACAGUUGUGUCUUCCAGUUCUGGAAAUGUACAGCAAACUAAAAGAACAGAUGAAUGUAAAAAGAUACUAUUCUGCUUUAAAAACAAUGGAACAGCUGGAAAAUCUGUAUCUUCCUAGAGUUAGCCAAUACCGUUUUUGCCAGAUAAUGUUAGAAAAUCUGCCAAAACUGCGUGAAGAAAUAAAAGAAAUAUCCAUGUCAGAUCUCAAGGAUUUCUUAGAGAGUAUUCGAAAGCAUUCUGACAGAAUUGGGGAAACUGCCAUGAAGCAGGCACAGCAGCAGAAAACCUUUAGCACCACUCUUCAGAAGCAGAAUAAUGUAAACUAUGGUCGGAAUAUGCAUUUAGGUAGAAGCAGAAUUUUGGAAUCCAAGAAUGAAAUGACAAUGAAGCGAACGUUUGAAGAAGAUGAUGAACAUGAAGAAGAGGUUUUAACUGCACAAGAUCUUGUAGACUUUUCUCCAGUCUAUAGGUGUUUGCACAUUUACUCAGUUUUGGGUGAUGGAGAAAUAUUUGAAAAUUAUUACAGAAAACAAAGAAGGAAACAAGCAAGAUUAGUUCUGCAGCCGCAGUCAAGCAUGCAUGAAACAGUAGAAGGCUAUAGAAGAUACUUCAGUCAAAUUGUAGGUUUUUUUGUAGUAGAAGACCACAUUUUACAUGUAACCCAAGGACUGGUAACUAGAACAUAUACUGAUGAACUCUGGAACAUGGCCCUUUCCAAGAUCAUUGCUGUUCUUAGAACACAUUCAUCAUAUUGCAGUGAUCCCGACCUUGUUUUGGAACUGAAGAAUCUCAUUGUACUAUUUGCGGAUACUUUGCAGGGCUAUGGUUUUCCUGUGAACCGACUGUUUGAUCUUUUGUUUGAGAUAAGAGACCAGUACAAUGAAACACUUCUUAAAAAGUGGUCUGGACUGUUCAGGGAUAUUUUUGAAGCAGACAACUACAGCCCCAUUCCUGUAGCAAAUGAAGAGGAAUACAAAAUAGUUAUAAGCAAAUUUCCUUUUCAAGAUCUGGAACUUGAUAAGGUAAGGCGAAGUUUUAUGUUAUUAAAGUUUGCCAAAAUCCAGCUAAGGACACUUGGGAUG